CACCCCGACUGGUGAGAGAGCAGGAGUGUGUGUGUGUGUGUGAGAGAGAGAGAAAGAGAGAUUUGAAGGCGUGAAGGCGUGCGUGAAGAAGAGAAGCAGCAUUAAACCAUCAGAGCUCAGAGCUGACAUGAAACACACUUUGGUCUGCUUCAUCUUCCUCACAGCACUUCAGGAUGGAAACACUGGUUUGGUCAAAGCACAAACUCUCACCCACAGAGCAGAGGAAGGAGGAAACAUCACAGUUGCAUGCAGCUUUUAUUUCUCUGGAAGCAGGAAACUGUUCUGUAAGGAAAAAUGUGAAAAUGGAAACAUUCUUGUUGAAACAUCUGAUGAUGCAGCUCAGAACGGCAGAUACAGCAUUAAAUAUGAAAACAAAGGCUUUUUCUCAUCUGAUAUUAUGUAUGUGAGCAUCAAACAGCUGAAACAGUCUGACUCAGGAUGGUACAGGUGCUCUUUGGACAGAGUCUUGUUGACAGAUGGAAACGAUGAUUUUGAGCUGAUUGUCACAGCAGCUUCAACCACUUCAACACCAAACGGGACUCUGAGACCUUUUUCAGCUUCAGUGUUUCUCUCAUCAGCCUCCACACCACCAACAACACAGAGUUUCAGCUCAACUUCAGGAAGCUCCACACCUUCAUCAGCCUCCUCUGGAAGUUCAGAUGUGCUGAUUUUUGUGCGUCUGAUUCUGGUCGUAAUCAUCACCGUCUUUUUAGUAACUUCAUUGAUUUUCUACAUGAUGAGGAGGACCGCUAAACCCAGAGGACCUCCUGUGGAAUCUGAGCGUGCUGACAUCACACAGGGCAACAACAUAUAUGUAGAGAUCAGAGAGGAGGACAGACAGAGCAGCUCACCUCCUGCAGGAGUGUUUUCAACAGAUGCUACACCAAAAGCCUCCAACCACAUGGAGAUGAAAACAAUAGACCUCCACAGCCUCUCCGCCUCUCCUCAGAACAAAGUCCAUGCCAGCCCUGCCGACCACACCACAGAUGCUUCACCUCCUCAUCUGUCCAAAAACAUCAGUAGUGAUGCUGCUGAUGGAACCUCGGUGGCUAACAGAUGAACAGAAUCCAUACAACACAGCACUUCAGGAUGGAAACACUGGUUUGGUCAAAGCACAAACUCUCACCCACAGAGCAGAGGAAGGAGGAAACAUCACAGUUGAAUGCAGCUUUACUUGGUCUGGAAGCAGGAAACUCUUCUCUUCAACCACUUCAACACCAAACGGGACUCUGAGACCUUUUUCAGCUUCAGUGUUUCUCUCAUCAGCCUCCACACCACCAACAACACAGAGUUUAAACUCAACUUCAGGAAGCUCCACACCUUCAUCAGCCUCCUCUGGAAGUUCAGCUCUUGCAGAUGUGCUGCUUUAUGUGCGGCUGGUUCUGGUCGUUGUCAUCAGCAUCUUUUUAGCAUCUUUGCUGAUGAAGAGGAGAGCCGUUAAACCCAGAGGACCUCCUGUGGAAUCUGAGCGUGCUGACAUCACACAGGACAACCAGUUGUGUGAAGAGAUCAGAGAGGAGGACAGACAGAGCAGCUCACCUCCUGCAGGAGUGUCUUCAGUGUACGCUACACCAAAAAGCCUCCAACCAGAUGGAGAUGUAAACAUAGACCUCUGCAGCCUCUCCACCUCUGCUCACAACAAACGCCCCCCAGUGGUGACACAGCUGAUGUCGUCUCCUCCAGGCUUCAGGCACAUGCCAGCCCUGCCAACCACACCACAGAUCUCCUCUGCUGCUGAAAAACAUCAGCAGUGA